AGAGGCGGGCGUUUAUCACUAGUCUAUCACGUAAGUGAACGUCAGCCCUUUCGGGAAACACACGCGGAGAGGGCAGGCGGACGGAGUGAGCGAGCGGCGCGGCCAUCGGCUUGUUACCGGCCAAGCCACAGCCUGCUCCCAGGCCUCCUUCCGAUCCGCGCACUAACAGCCUCGGAGGAGCCAGCGAGGCAGGGAAGGAAGGAAGGAGGGAGAUAGAGAGGAAGAAAGACACGUUAUUUUUAAGCCCAGUAACAUUCUCAGUACGGCCAUGGAUUCGAAAGACGUGGCGGAUUACGCCCCUGAUUGCUGGGAGCUGGCGGCCGACACGGAUGUCGAGGCCCAGAUGAACAACUCUUUUUCUAAGCUCAAUGUGAACGCCAAGCCGUUCGUUCCAAACGUCCACGCAGCAGAAUUCGUCCCCUCGUUUCUGAGGGGUUCGGACGAGGCCGCGGAGUCGCCAGAAGGACCUGAUGAUACAGAUCCCAGCAUGGAAGUUUCAGAACCUGCUGCGCUAGUGGAAAAUGGAGAUACAGAAGCAGGGUCUGAAGAAUCAUGGGAACAGAAAGCAGAACCAAGUGAAGCAGAACCAGGUGGCGGUCCUGCAGGCGACGAGGGUCCACCUUUGGCUGCUCCAGUCGAAAUGGAAGAGGAAGAGGAGGUGUCUUCACCAAAGGUUGCAGUGGUAGAGCCAGGUGCUCCAAAGAAAGAACACGUGAAUGUUGUAUUCAUAGGUCAUGUAGAUGCUGGAAAAUCCACUAUUGGUGGACAAAUAAUGUAUCUGACGGGUAUGGUGGACAAACGAACACUGGAGAAAUACGAAAGGGAAGCCAAGGAGAAAAAUAGAGAAACAUGGUACCUGUCCUGGGCCUUGGACACAAAUCAGGAGGAGAGGGACAAGGGAAAAACAGUUGAAGUGGGUCGUGCAUAUUUUGAGACUGAGAAGAGGCACUUCACCAUUUUAGAUGCACCCGGUCACAAAAGCUUUGUACCAAAUAUGAUUGGUGGUGCAUCUCAAGCUGAUCUUGCUGUAUUGGUCAUCUCAGCCAGAAAAGGUGAAUUUGAAACUGGCUUUGAGAAAGGUGGGCAAACACGAGAACAUGCUAUGUUAGCAAAAACGGCAGGAGUCAAACAUCUGAUAGUUCUCGUCAAUAAAAUGGAUGACCCAACAGUAAACUGGAGCCAAGAUAGAUACGAGGAAUGUAAAGAAAAACUGGUUCCAUUUUUGAAGAAAGUUGGUUUCAAUCCAAAGAAGGAUAUCUAUUUUAUGCCUUGUUCUGGACUGACUGGUGCCAACCUAAAAGAACGAGCAGAGAACUGCAUCUGGUACAUUGGUUUACCAUUUAUACCUUAUUUGGCCAAUUUGCCACAUUUCAAUAGGGUCACUACGGGACCCGUGCGGGUACCAAUUGUAGAUAAGUAUAAGGAUAUGGGUACGGUGGUUUUGGGCAAACUAGAAUCUGGACUAAUUGGAAAAGGACACCAACUUGUUAUGAUGCCAAACAAACAUAAUGUUGAGGUUCUGGGACUCUUGUCUGAUGAUGUGGAGACCGAUUCAGCAGAUCCAGGGGAAAAUCUGAAAAUACGACUGAAAGGAAUUGAAGAGGAAGAGAUUCUGCCAGGAUUCAUUCUGUGUGAUCAUGGCAACCUUUGUCACUCAGGACGUACUUUUGAUGCACAGAUAGUUAUAAUUGAGCAUAAAUCCAUCAUCUGCCCAGGUUACAAUGCAGUGCUGCACAUCCAUACUUGCAUUGAAGAAGUUCAAAUAACGGCCUUAAUCUGUCUGGUGGAUAAGAGAUCUGGAGAAAAAAGCAAGACGCGGCCUCGUUUUGUUAAACAGGAUCAGGUUUGCAUUGCUCGUUUAAGGACAGCAGGCACAAUCUGUCUUGAGACCUUCAAAGAUUUUCCUCAGAUGGGGCGUUUUACCUUGCGAGAUGAAGGUAAAACCAUUGCAAUUGGAAAGGUCCUGAAAUUGAUCCCUGAGAAGGACUGAAGAUCUACAAUCUAAUGCUGCACAAUACUGUGAUGAAAAAGGACUCCGCAACAGCCUACUUCACGCCUUCUUUUCUUGGUUUUCAUAAUUUCUCUGCCUAUCAAUACUUUUAUUUCCCCAUGUACUGCAAAUUGCUGUAAACAUGUCCACAUUUUACGUCAGCUUUCUCAUAUUGAGAGCUCUGCUAUGCCAUUGUUAAAGCUACCAUUUAAAAUCCUCCUUCUGAAAUCUGCUUCCUUAGAAAUACGGCAGUAGCUACCUAACUGAUGUGGACAGAAUUGCCUGCAAAAAUAAAAUUAAACCAAAAAAGUUUAUUUUAUUCUGGCAUCAUUCUCUUUUGUGCAUUUUUGCUCACCUGUGUUUUUCAACCAGGUCAGAUUAUUCAACAGAUCAGUGUGAGUGUCCCUGUGUUAGAAAGGUCUGGAGAGACAAUAAAAUCAAUUUGAAAUAUUUCUGGCAUUUGAAUUAUUUUGGAAAGGAUUCUUCUGAAACAACCUUGCAUCAACUUGUUCGCUAGUUUCCCAGCAAAUGAUCUCUUGACUUUGUUAUUUUCUUUGCAAGUUGAAUGUUCCAUAAUUUUUUUUUUCAUGUAGCCUCACAGUAUGCCCUUUGUGGUAAUUUUCAGCAUUCACAAUGCAUGAUGUGUGUUAUUGUCAAUGUUCCACUGGCUGGGAAACAAAAUAUCAAUACAUAAGUAUUGAAAAAGAUGCAAGUGAAAUCGUCAAUUUUGAAACAAUUGCAUCUGUUCAAUUUAUGCCAUCUCCAAAGGAAUCAAAUCUUUUCUAAACAUGUGAAGGUACAUAACAGCAAUCCAACAGAUGAUGUGAAUUGUGAAGGACAAAUGACUGCUGCAUGAGUUUAUAGUGAUAUUUCCCUUUGAACAGGCAGUAUAUUAGAGUAUCUAGGUUUGAUUCUUUUGACUUGAAAUGUUUAAAAUAACAGAUUAGAAAAUCUAUAGCUUUUUUCUUGCUUUAAGUGCAUUUCAUAGAACAGUUAACACGUGGAAGCACAUGUGACAACAAUACCACUUAAAGUGGGAAUUUCGUCACUUGCUACAACUUUCAUAUCAACUAUUAAUUUUAUAAGGAGUGGAUAUUUCUUGGAUGAGUAAUGAGAAAAAAAUCAGAAAUAGAACCUGUGUGGUUGGUAAUACGAAAUGUGAGAAAUAUAGUCCUUGUACAUAUUUGAAAACCUUGUAAUUGAGGCAGCAGUUAUUUAAUAUAAUGGUAAAUUUGCUACUGUUAAAGGGUCAAAAUGAAGUUUUUUUUUUAAUUCCCUUGCCUAGUUAAAUUACUAUUCCAGUUAAUGAAAGGGAUUUAUGAAAGAUGUGAUUAACUCUAAACAACAGAACAAAUAGUGUUAUGAAUGGUGUAAUCUAGGAUUGCCAACAAUUAAGUGUCAUUUUGUAAUAAAACAACAAUUUACAUUCAGGCUUGGAACAAACAUACGCCUGAACUCUAAAACAUAGCAAACUCCAUUGACAAACGGGCCACUGCACGAGUGAGCUCCAUCCUGCCACUGAAAUUGUAUACAAUUUCCCCAAAAAACUAACCGGUAUAUUUAAUCUAUUUUAAUAAGUCAAUGUUUAAUAAUGACAGGUUUUCUUUUCUUUCACUACUGCAUGUAAAUGAAAAUCCCACUUUUGUCAACAGUGUGAAUUUGCUGCUCUCGGAGGUCGGGGGGGGGGGGGGGGGGGGGGGGGGGAAGAGGCACUUAGAUAUAUUAAUAGUAACAUUUCUCAAAGGUUUCGAUUGCUGUGAUUAUACAAUUAUUUAAUUUGGAAAGUGUGUAAGGAAAAUGUUAAAUUGGUGUCAUAUGAAAUGCCCUUGCUCUUAAUUGGAGAAAUGUUGGCUUUCUCUUGCUGAUCUGACUUGAAGUUGUCUGUUUUGUAAUGAAAUAUCAUUGGCAAUACAGAAGUUGGUGUAAGACAGCACAGCUGUUAAUAUGACCACAGUAUUGUAUAGUAAACAAAUUUACUGUAUGCAUUCUUAAUCUUGCAAAAUAAAAUUUGAUUUCAUUUCCCUUGGAAUAUUGCUUCUAA